GUCCUCGGUUGAUGACACAGAGCCACACCUUCCGUCAACUGUACAACAUCAUUCUGCAGCUUUAAAAGGCCCCGGAUGACUUCCUCCUUCGCAGUAACAUUUCCUCCCACUCUUACUCAAGUGAGUCUCUCACUUGACUUUUUUCCCCCCAGUGUAUGGAAAUGGAGGAUCGAAUGGAAAGUCAGAAGAGGCCGGGACUGAGUAAAGAAGUCUUAAUAUCUGAGAAGACCGGCUCUUUGGGAUGCUGUGGGUGGUUUAUAGUCAUAUUGGUUGGCUUCUUCACAAUAUGCCUCUUCCCCAUCACCAUUUGGUUCUGUUUGAAGAUAGUUCAGGAGUAUGAGCGUGCGGUUAUCUUCAGACUAGGCCGCAUCACAGACAGGAAGGCGAAAGGACCAGGAAUUUUCUUCAUUUUGCCCUGUACUGAUUCAUUUGUUAAAGUUGACCUGCGAACUAUUUCUUUCGACAUCCCACCACAAGAGAUUCUAACUAAGGACUCAGUGACAGUCAGCGUGGAUGGCGUGGUGUACUUCCGAGUCAGUGAUCCCAUCGCUUCUGUCGCGAAUGUGUCCAACGCUGACUUCGCCACCCGUUUGCUCGCCCAGACCACCCUCAGAAACGUCUUGGGCACCAAGAACCUGGCUGAGGUCCUAUCUGACCGCGAGGGGAUAGCUCACAGCAUGCAGUCAAACCUGGAUGAAGCGACAGACGACUGGGGUAUCAAAGUGGAACGUGUUGAGAUUAAAGAUGUGAAGUUACCCGUUCAGCUGCAGAGAGCCAUGGCUGCCGAGGCGGAGGCUGCACGAGAGGCCAGGGCCAAAGUGAUAGCCGCGGAAGGUGAGAUGAACGCAUCCCGCGCCCUGAAGGAAGCGUCGCUGGUCAUCGCCGAGUCUCCGUCAGCCCUGCAGCUCCGUUACCUGCAGACCCUCAACACCAUCGCCGCAGAGAAGAACUCCACCAUCAUUUUCCCCCUGCCAAUGGAUGUGAUUUCUCACUUUAUGCGCAAGUAGUAGCCUUGUUGGCUGAUGUUGCUCUUCCGAUGAUAUUAUGCCGUUGUCAAAAGACUACAUCUAACAGGAUUUGUUUGAUGUUGAGGUCAUGUGAUCGUAGUCAGUGCUCUUUUGCUGAGAUGGUGUGUAAAGUUUUUAUUUUUGAUGGGACCACUGCAAGCUUUGACACUUCAAAUUAAAAAUGUUUUUUCUGACGUUCUAACUUCAGUGUUCUGGUCAUUUCAAUUUCCUGGUGCUAUCAAGAAGUACCAUCAAGUCACAGUGUUUAUUUUGUAGUAAUUUUGUUGUAAUGUUUUUAUGAGUUUCCUUGCUCAGACCUUAUGAGUGAGGUCUUGCUUCAUGCAGUUAAUAUCACAGUGCUUUAGGUGAGUGCAGCUAUACUGUAAUUUAAGGACAAUUUCCACUUAUUUUUUUUCGAAAUAAUUUGGACAAAGUAUACAUAAAAUGGAUGAUGACGUGUAAUAGUUUUCGCUGAUAAUUUUCCCCCGAAACUAUUCAUCUGUAUACAAUGAAAAAAAAAAAACAUUUGUAUGACACAACAGUCAACAGG